GGAAGAAGCUCCUCAACUGAGUUUUCAUUACACAACUUUUUGACCGAAGUCUCACAUUCUUAUUACUCUAUCUUUUACUCUAUCAAUCAUUCUCCAAUACAUUGCAACUGUAUCAAUCUCUAUCACGCAGCCACCGGUUCAUCUCAGGCUCUCAGCCUCGUACGCCAUCCCUACCUUAUCUCCAGUUCCCAGAAAUUCGGGAGUCAGUGGAACGGCGCCUAUAGGGCCAUAUUACAUCUGAUAACGAGUAGUCUAUUACUGUUUUUAGACGCAACCUCGCUGUCCAAGCUUCUGUCAAGCAUUCGCGCUGUACUGGUCGUAGGGUGCAUUCACUCUUUUAAUUCGUUUGAUCUGUAUAAAAAUUUGCCGAGGCCAAUACCUGGGGCCAACAAAAGGCGGGGUUCAGAAUACCAUAGUAUCACAAUUUCUCCUGAUUGAAAUGGCAGACAUCUCAACAAGCAUGUCUAUCGACGCAAAAGAAUCCGUCCGAGAGGGCACAGAUGAAUCUUUGGAUGCCUCUACACCAGAGGCGGAGACGGAGAUCCCUCCGGAAAGUGUUGGCCAACAAAAGAGGAAGGGCGGUCGAAAGCCUAUUUAUGCUACUUCGGAGGAACGUAAACAACGCAAUCGCCAGGCGCAAGCAGCGUUCAGAGAACGUCGCACAGAGUAUAUCAAGCAACUUGAAGAAACAAUUAGAGUCCAUGAGACGAACCUUCAUAAUCUUCAGAAUGCUCACAGAAGUGCCGCUGAUGAGUGUCUGAUGCUCCGGUAUAAAAACUCUCUCCUUGAAAGAGUUCUUCUAGAGAAAGGAAUUGAUGUCCAAGCCGAACUACGGGCAAAGACAGGAAGUCCUCACCUUGGUCCAACGCAUAUGCAACAGAAUAUGGCUCAGCCCCCUACUGUUCAGCGUGCCAUUAUGAAUAGACAUCAUCAAGCUAGACGAUCGAACUCGAGCAUUGCGCCGAAGCUUGAGCCCGGAGUUUCUUUCCAUGCCAAUCAAUCGCCACAGUCAAGACCUACUCCAUCCUCGCAUGCGUCGUCGCCUACCACAAGCUCACCAGGCUUCAACAACCAAGGCGUACUAACUCCACCUUCUUCUGACUCUCAGAUGCAGCAUCAACAACAACAGCAACAGCAACAACGCCUUCAUGCCGCCAAAACACAAGCGCAGCAUGCAUUGUCCAAUACUACCGGACUUCUAGUUAAUACUAAUGUAGCAUCGCCAUUAGGGGCAAAGGGGCAAGGAAAUGGCAAUGGCAAUGGUACGGGUAAUACAGGAGGAGCUCCGGGAGCUCCUUCUUAUUAUCCGUCAUUCCAAAAUCACAUUGAGCAACUCGGCAAGCUGCCCCGUCCCCUGUUAUCAUUUUCUUUUUUUGGAACUAUGUUCGUCCUAGAUUGAUUCCGUGAGUACAGAACAGGAGUACGAUGCGCAAGCCGAUAUGGUUGACGAUCAACCCGAAAUCGCAGGGCCCGGCCCUUAUCCCGAAUCGAUUCCCGCUGGUCAACUCAACCAGCAACUCGGUCACCCUCCUCACUCGCAAGGUAUGCACGGCGAAAGCACACCUCAAGCCUAUAGUUCGAUGACGCAGUUACUUGAUCCAUACGACCCGGUACUCGAUAUGGACCCCUUCGGUCUUUCGGCAAGCAUGCAAUUUCCAACUCAAUUCUCUUUCGACACGAGCUCAAUGCGAUGAGUCAUCAUCGCUCAUGAUACCCACGGUUGGGCAUAAUCUCUCCUAUGAUUUCGGCUGGCGUUCGAGGAAUGAUAAUCGGAUUUGAUGUCUCGUGGGACCAGGCAAUGAUAUUUUUUGUGAUUUAUGGGUUCGGUUUGGGAGCAUUUGGGAUGGAGUUUAAAAAACCAAAAAAUGGAAGGGACGGAGCAAAAAAAAAAGUUUAUGAGCAAGGGCUAUGUCACAUCUCGAGUUGCUAUAGCAUAGCAUCAUUCGCAUGCAUUCGAGGCGAUGGCGGUCAUGAGCACGGUCUAAAUAAGCACUGUAUGUAUUGAGCAUUUCAUUCUCUCAUGAUGGAGAUGGCUUUCACGAUGGACAAGGAAAAUGUGUAAGCAUACAUGAGGGGGGAGAUGGGCGGAGUAAGUUCAAUGAACGGGUAUUCCUGCCUGGCGACAACGGCAGGAAGAAUAAGCAUCCACAAAUGGAAAUAUAUUGGAUGGUUUCCUUUUCUUUGAGAUACAUUUUUUCACGGCACUGUCUUUCCUUUGCUAAUUGUUCCUCUUUCCUUCUGUUAUUUGGAUUGGUAAUCGUUCUCCCAUGAAUGAUGCCAUUAUCUCUCUUGAGACAUACGUUGAUGUUGACGUUUGGAUGAAUGUAAAAUUUUAUGUAAUUACGAAUGAAUGACGAUGAUACGAGGAAAUGGGUGAUUAAUGUGAUUGAUGUGAUUAAUUUCUCCAAUGACAGAACUAAAGGUAGUCGCA